UCCUCUUAGUUCACCGGUUGCUAGUUUAUUCUGAGAAAAAUGACUGGCUUUAUUGAUACAGCAAAAUCUUUUUUUGUCCCUCAUUACAUUUUUAAUGUACUGUUAUGUUUCACCUAUUUUUUUCUGAAAACCACUCGGCCAAUGUGUACAUUUUUAUUCUAUGAUUGCAAAUUAGAAUUGAAAGAAUGGGAAUGGUUGACCUUUUUAGCUUGUAUCAUCGUCAUUAAAAACAGGAGACAGACCAAUUUUCUUAGUUACAUUUCUACAGCAUGCAUGUUUGGCAAAGCUCUUAACUUCCUUCUUUUCUUGAAACAAGGACCUAUAUAUGGGUUAUGUUUUGCUAUUCCUUGUUUAUUGCAUCUCAUAUUUUGUCCAGAACCAGCCUAUGCAGGCCCAGAGAAUCUCACUUACUUCCGUGGCUCACACUUACCAGAUGAAAUUGAACGAGAUAAAAGAAUUACAUGGGUCAUUGCCUUCUAUGCUGCUUGGUCACCAGCUUGUAUCAGCUUUGCUCCAAUAUUUGCUGAAGUUUCAUCUGAAUACACCCUACCAAAUUUAAAGUUUGGAAAACUUGACGGAUCUCGCUAUCCUGAUAUUGCUAAAAAAUAUAACAUUGAUACAAGUACUUGGUCAAAACAACUUCCAUCUGUUAUCCUUUUCCAAGAAGGCAAAGAAAAAAGCAGGCUUCCCAUACUUGAUGCUAAGAACAAAGUCGUGAAAUAUAACUUUCAGAAAGAAAAUUUUAUCAGAGAUAUUGGCUUAAAUGAUGCCUUCCACCAGUGCAAGAAAACUUGUCCCAAAGAGAAGAAACCUAAAGAAAAUGACCCAAAGAAUAAUACAGCUGACAAAGAUUUGGAUUCAAAAAAGAAAGAUUGAAGUAAUUUGUGUGUGUAUGCGUGUGUUACUUGGCCAGACUGUUUGUUUUUAACCUCAAGGUGUGAGUUAAUGUAGACAUUUGAAAUACCAUUAAUCAUUGAUUCUUUAUAGAGAUGGUAAGUGGAAAAGUAAAAAUAAAAUUAGCUUCUUUUGUA